CUCCUCUGCCACCCCAGAGAAGAGGGGUUCACGCCAGCCACCGUGUUUGUCUGCUGUGCCACAGGGAGGGGGGGGGAGAGCCAACCGACUGAGGACCGGCAAGCACAAUGAAGGACCGUACCCAGGAGUUGAGAACUGCCAAAGACAGCGACGAUGAGGAAGAGGUGGUACACGUGGACCGAGACCAUUUCAUGGAUGAAUUCUUCGAACAGGUGGAGGAGAUCCGUGGCUGCAUUGAGAAGCUGUCAGAGGAUGUGGAGUUGGUGAAGAAGCAGCACAGUGCCAUCCUGGCCGCCCCCAACCCCGAUGAGAAGACCAAGCAGGAACUGGAGGACCUCACAGCUGAUAUCAAGAAGACUGCCAACAAGGUGCGCUCCAAGUUGAAAGCGAUUGAGCAGAGUAUUGAGCAAGAGGAAGUGCAGAACCGGUCUUCAGCUGACCUGCGGAUCCGGAAAACGCAGCACUCAACCCUCUCACGCAAGUUUGUGGAGGUGAUGACGGAAUACAACACAACCCAGUCCAAAUAUCGAGAUCGUUGCAAGGACCGUAUCCAGAGACAACUGGAGAUAACUGGCAGGACAACCACCAAUGAGGAACUAGAAGACAUGCUGGAGAGUGGCAAGUUGGCGAUUUUCACCGAUGAUAUCAAAAUGGACUCACAGAUGACGAAGCAGGCCCUGAACGAGAUCGAAACCCGGCACAAUGAGAUCAUCAAACUGGAAACCAGUAUCCGGGAGCUGCAUGACAUGUUUGUGGACAUGGCUAUGUUGGUGGAGAGCCAGGGCGAGAUGAUUGACCGCAUUGAAUACAAUGUUGAGCACUCUGUGGAUUACGUGGAAAGAGCCGUCUCUGACACCAAGAAAGCUGUAAAAUACCAGAGCAAGGCUCGGAGGAAGAAAAUUAUGAUUAUAAUUUGUUGUGUGGUUCUCGGUAUAGUACUGGCCUCCUCCAUCGGGGGCACGCUUGGGUUGUAAAUUAAACGCAAAAAAAUUAAUAAUAAUAUUAUUAUAAUAAUUUAAAAAUUGUACAUGCAGUGGAUAUAACAGCACAUGUUCCAGCUACCUAUAGAUAAAAAUCAACUUUAUUCGGGUCAGCAAAUCUAAGUUUGUUGUUCAGCAUCAUCUCGUCAUCCAUUUAACUCAUUUGCUGGACGCCUGGGUCCCACCCAGAAUCAUAAGAGAUUCUGGGGCUCAGCUGGGUGUCUCGUAACCGCACU